UGUGUGAUUGGCUGUCGUGGCUGAUGAUGUCAUCAGCAUAUGGACUGUAGCGAGGUGCGUAGCCGGAAAUACCAUUGAAACGUAUGCGACUGCCGGCUUUUAUACGAGGUAAAGAGGACUUCAAAAUUCUGUCACACUACACGGAGUUGUUACAGCGCAACUUCGGAACCGCAUUCCUCCAAGACUGUUAAGCUUUUAAAGACCUUUUAGCCAUGUCUGUGAAAAUCCACGUCAACAGCCCGAAUGUGAGGUACACAGAGACCCACAUAGUGGCCCAGUAUUCCUACCAGACCGCAUCAGUGAUGAAAGAAGGGAACAAAGUAACAGUGACGCCACGCUCAACUAAUAUGACAUUUCGUACUGAGAGGCAUGUACCGCGGUUGGGCGUGAUGCUAGUUGGCUGGGGGGGCAACAAUGGGACCACAGUCACAGCUGCAGUUCUGGCCAACAAGCUGGGUCUCACCUGGAUGACUAAGACUGGACUGAAGAAAGCAAAUUACUUCGGCUCCCUCCUGCAAUCCUCCACUGUUUGUCUGGGAACAGGACUGGAGGGCGAGGUCAACGUGCCAUUCCGUGACCUCCUGCCCAUGGUGCACCCUAAUGAUAUUGUCUUUGACGGCUGGGACAUUUCUUCACUGGAUCUGGCCGAUGCCAUGGAACGAGCUCAGGUGCUGGACUGGUCACUGCAGGAGCAGAUUCGUCCACACAUGAGCAGCAUGAAGCCCAGGCCUUCUAUUUAUAUCCCAGACUUUAUUGCAGCGAACCAAGAGAGCAGAGCUGACAAUGUCCUCAGUGGGACACUGGCAGAGCAGAUGGAGCAGAUCCGAGCGGAUAUAAGAGAAUUCAGUCAGUCCAGCGGCGUCGACAAAGUCAUUGUUCUGUGGACGGCAAACACUGAGCGUUUCUGUGACAUCGUACCAGGGGUGAAUGACACCGCCAAUAACCUGUUGGCUGCAAUUCAGGCCGGUACCGAGGAGAUUUCUCCUUCAACUGUUUUUGCAGUGGCCAGCAUUCUGGAGGGCUGCGCCUACAUCAACGGCUCCCCACAGAACACCUUCGUUCCAGGUGCCAUUGAACUGGCCGUGCAGAAAGGUGUCUUCAUCGGGGGCGACGACUUUAAAUCCGGUCAGACUAAGAUCAAGUCGGUGCUCGUGGACUUUCUGGUCAGCGCAGGGAUAAAGCCAACCUCCAUCGUCAGCUACAACCACCUAGGCAACAAUGACGGUAAGAACCUGUCCGCACCACAGCAGUUCCGCUCUAAAGAAAUCUCCAAGAGCAACGUGGUGGACGACGUGGUCCAGUCCAACGGCAUCCUAUACCAGCCUGGAGAGAAACCAGACCAUUGUGUGGUGAUUAAGUACGUCCCAUAUGUGGGAGACAGCAAACGGGCCAUGGAUGAGUACAUCUCUGAAAUAAUGAUGGGCGGAACUAAUACUAUCGCUCUGCACAACACUUGUGAGGACUCUCUUUUAGCCAGCCCAAUCAUUCUGGACCUGGUGAUCCUCACAGAGCUGUGUCAGCGUAUCAUGAUCCGGCCUCAGGGGGAGGAGGACUUCCAGUCUUUCCACAGUGUUUUGGCCCUGCUCUCCUUCCUCUGCAAGGCACCACUCGUUCCUCCAGGCACCCCGGUGGUCAACGCCUUCUUUCGACAAAGAGCCAGCAUAGAAAACAUCAUGAGAGCUUGCAUUGGCCUUCCACCUCAGAACCACAUGCUCCUGGAGCACAAGCUGCAGAGAGACUUUCUGCCUCCUCACACGCCCUACAUCAACGGGGAAGUGGCUGCUACAAAAAAAGUUGUCCUCACCAACGGAGACCAUAACAAACCUCUAAAAAAAGGCUUUUACGCACAUGAUGAUAACGCUGUGAGGGCAGUAUAGCAGGUUUUAUGAAUUGCUGCAUUGAAUAGAGUUACUACGACCCAUAAGUUAUUAACACCUCUGCUUGGCAUUUAUAGAAGAAAAAAUUGAACCUCAUUAGCAUUUUGUGAAUUAUGUCCUGCUAAAGAUAGAUGGAAAGCAGCAUCAUGGCAACAAUAUAAGGCACAAAUAGAUGGUCACCUGGGUUUUAAAGAUAAAUAAGAGGUAUCUUCUUUUUUUACAUAUGUUACUGACUGUUUGUAUUUUAUUCAUGUGUUCUUCCUAAGCAACAGUCCACUUUAAUCCCGUUAGGUGUCAUAUUUAUAUUGUUUUGUUUUGUGCUAUACAUGCAGUGCAUGUGUUUGUAGGCCAGAUAUUAAGAUUAAAAAAAUGUAUGAAUAUUGAUAUUAAAGGUGUUGUCAUUCA